CUUAAACGCAGUCCAAGGGUUGCAGGAUUUUAGCUUCUGAUUGCUGUAAAUUUGUGACUCCUAGUCCUCGUUUUUGUCCAUCGCUAUCAAGACGUGUUGCAGCGGUUGGUGUGUGUUUUGUGUUUGCUGGAAGCUGAUGCCUGCAACAUGUGGCUUUGUUUUAGAGGAUACACUAGAGAAAUGAGCAAACACGAUGACAGCAUUUUUUCCAAAGACCUCACGACACGGGAUGAAUGAACACUUGGCUGUGCACUGUAUGGAGGAGAAGAGAGGGUGGGAGUUUCUUGACCACAAUGGCUGCCGCCUACAAGGGUGUCGCAGCUUCUGGAGACUUCUGUUUGGGUGUUUUGUAAAGGCUCAUUGAGAGACGACUCAUCUCCAAGUGCCUGCCCUGUGAGCGCUGGAUGGGGACCAGAGGCAGUCACGCUGUCCACAGGGCCGCACGCAAACAAUGGCGCCGUCACACUGGACGGCGGGCCGUUGAACUUGCAUCAUGCGAUGAUGUUUGUGUCGCCGACUCCAGCGAUGGAUGAAAAUGAGGAGGCCACAACCGUGCCACUCAUUGGAAGCCCCAAAUAUUGCCCCGGAGACAACAACAAAGGGGGUUACCUGUGUGAGUCUGGGCACUGCUGUGGUGAGAUGGGGUGCUGCACGUACUACUACGAACUCUGGUGGUUCUGGCUCCUCUGGACCGUCCUCAUCCUGUUCAGCUGCUGCUGCGCAUACCGUCAUCGGAGAGCCAAGCUGCGAAUCCAGCAGCAGCAUCAGCGGCAGCGGGAGAUCAACCUCAUGGCCUACCAUGGAGCGCUCAGCCACCCAACGUCCAUGUUGGAUCUCAGUAUGCCACCGGUUCCGUUUCACCCUGUCUUCUUCUGCUUCUUGUCCUCCUUCAAGCUCCCCUCCUACGAAGAGGUGGCAGCGCAGCCGAGGACGCCUCCCCCACCCUACAGCACUGUGUUUGCGCUGCAUGGCAGCCGCCACUACGAACACGCCGGGCCCAGCGGCAUCACGUCCUCCCAGAGCUCAGACAACUACACCAGCUGCUCCUGCGAGUCCUGCUCUACCGUCUCUCCCAGCAGCACUUCCAUCUCCAUGCAGGUCUCUGAUGAAACCAGCAAUGUUUCCACACCCGGUGAGACGGAUGAGUCCCGGGUGCCGAGUGCCACCCAUGCCACCCUGGCGUCCCCGCCCGAGUCUUCAACAUCCACUCCUGCACUCACGCUCGCCGACCUCCUCGGAGCACUGCGGCAGCAAAGAGAGGGGGAAGUCCCUCCUGAAGAACCCUCCGAAGACGCCCCCUCCCGUAAGCCUGCCCUCUCUCCCCCCAAGCGCACGGUCUUUUCCUCCAACGUGGACUUCUUUGAGCCGGACAUUGUCUCAAGCGUCGCUUCCCUGAGCGAGGAUGAAGACGCCGACGAGAGCCACUUUCGCCACCGGCGGAUGACCGGCGACUCGGGUAUCGAGGUGUGUCGCUGCCAGGUGGAGAGCGAGGACGAGGAGGAGGAGGCAGAGCCGAGGAUGAGCAAAGUGACAGGGACGGAGGACCCCGGGCCUGUCCACGACAGCGCCGACUGCUCCAACCGCACCCAGGCCGUCCAGACGGCGAAGCCGGAGGAGUGCGGCAGCCCGUGUGGUUCCACCUCAGUACCUCAAGAUGGACAGGAUCCCAUCAUUAUUGUGGAGUCCAUGUGAGGGCCUGAAGGACGCACCGCUGCGGUCACGACAGGGUAUCGUGAGAUUAUCCCAAAAGGCGGUACUGUGGAAUAGGUCAUCGCGAGUUAAAUUUCCCACGUUUCCAAAUUUGACUGAUGUUAAGCUCAUCAAACAAAAUAUGGAAACAGAUUACAUUAUCAGCUGUCGUAAAUGAGGACAACUAGGAAAGAUGCGAUGUACUGGUUGCCCGUUUUCAUCUGCGCGUUCCAGCAACACCCUUAUUUUUUACGCAACCUAAAACAAAGGGAGCAUCCAGAAAGGAGAUGAAGGCGGCUGCAGUGCAAAUGCUAAUGCUCAUUCUUUGUGCUCUGGAGCGGCACAAAGGACAACAGCGGCUGUGUGCGCGGCGUGAAGUCAGCAUAAUGAGGCGGUCACAGCCCUGCUCUGCGUAGGCCACCCGGCUGCCCCCUGCCAUUUGCCCCCCACCUCCCAGUUUUCGUUUUCGUCUUGGGCCGCAAGAUGGAAAUUUUCUUUUAUUAACACUGGUUGUCACGAGAAAGACAAAGUUUAAUGCAGCCUCUUUCCUCAACAGCCUUCUGUAACAGGACCCGUCACACAGACUAGAUGCACUUUGCCUAAAUGCUGCUUGGAUUGCUUAUCUGUGAUAUAAUUAUAAUGAUAUUAUGAAUGCAAUAAUAAUAACAGUAAUGUUGACAGUGACGCACAGGGUUCUUUUUGGUCUGGAACUCCAAGCCACUGCAGGAUGCAAUAGCGUCUGGGAGCAUUCAGAUCAAUGGAGCAGAGAGAAAAGGUGUAGCAGAUGCCUCCCAUACUGUCCUGUGCUAUGAAGGAACUUGGGAAGAUGAAUUAUGAAUUGCAUAAAAUACUUGUCAGAUACGAAUGAGCAUAAAAUUGGACGUGUAUUUUGUCCAUGUAUGACUGGACAGUCUAAUGCAUCAUGAUAUUAUUUUUGUAAUAUAUUUUGCAUAAUUUAAAACAAAAAAAAAAGUGUUGGUUCAUCAGCAAAGUGAAACCUAAAUCGAAAAAAAAAAAAAAAUCACUUCGACAUUUAAAAUGAUUUUCGGACCACUCUAAAGAUUUACAUUUUUUGUGGAAAUGCAGAAAUGGAAGGAAUCGUCAUAUUCUUUGCACCAGCUUCCUCCCUCUUGUUAAGAUCAUUGAUCGUUUUCCUCCGUAGUGGUUGGGUGUUGGGCCAAAUGAAAUACAAAGAAAAAAUUUUCUAUCAACAUUUCUAGUGACUUGCAAGUGUAUAAUUAAAUACAAAAAAAAAAAUACUGAAAUUUGUUAUAAAUUUGUUAAAACGUCGAUAUAUAAUGAGAUUACUCUCAUACAUAUGCUAGAAAGAUAUAACUGCACACAAAAGCCGAACUUGCGGACGGGCCAAGCCGCUCUUCGGCCUGUUGGACGAAGUAAACUGCUUGGCCUUGUGUAAGUCAGAGCCUGACCUCUGAGCAUGAGCUGACUUACCUUGUAUUGCCAGUUCACAGUUUUACCGCAGUGAAACUAAGCUCUCGUAUGUUUAUGCUCUGUGGCUCGACAGGAACCUGAAGCCGUGUCUUCUCUGCUGAACGUGUGGCAGUUCACCAAUCAAGGCACACGGGCAAGUUCACUUAUCAAGAAUGACUAUGCACUUUUAUCCAAAGCAACUUACCACGGAAAUAUGGGCACGCAGUUCGUUCAUUUACUUAGCCACACAUUUUACUGACGUAGGUCCACUUUAAGUAGCUCUCUGAAAAAUGUAAGAACCCAACCCCUACUGGGACGGGCCCCGGCAGCCUCUCGGUCGCAAGUCCAAGUCUUUUACUACUACUAGUGAGCUGUCGCUGAGCGGUGGGUUGGUGCUGAACGGGGUGCCCCGUGGUGCCACGAACUUCUGACUGACGCGCUGUCUUGUUUCCGGCGAUCGAUGCUGCUGCACCCUCGACCGUUUCGUUGGACGAUUAUUUUGGCCCCGCCCUCAGAAUCAUUGCUGCCGGUGCUUUACCUCUUAAAACUGUUAUUUCUUCUAUACACGGUACAGUGCGAGAUACGCGCUGUUCAACGCUCUUACGUGGCAGCUGAUAUGAGUGCGUCUCAUUUCCGUGUGUUCACUGUGCGACAACGUAUGACCGGCGGAGUAUGUUUAACAUUGUCACGCAGGAACGGUGGGAACACGUACGCGGGGAUUAUGGGAAAAGGGGAGUCAAAGCUACCUGCUGCAGUGACCCCCGCUCCGACUACUCCGAACCUGCUACUUUAGCUCCUGGCCACUGGAGACCCUUCAAAUCAUAUGGUGGAGUGAAAGGGCCUUGGAGUUUGACCCCUGGUCAAGAAACUUACCCUGAAGCGAUACAGUAAAAAUGACUCUGCCGUAUGAAUGGGUGAAGAACUGUCAGAAGUUUAACACUGUAAGACGCUUUGGCGAAACGCAUCAGCUAAAUGAAUAAAUGUAAAUGCAGGCUGUGUUAUUGAUGUAAAUCAGUCAUCGGUUGUGAUACAAUACAAGACGUGUAGCAUUGUGGCUCUUGAGAACCGGGCGUCCCCACCCCUGGUGUCCACCCACAUUUUCCUGUGAAAGGAUGCGAAGAACGUGCGAAAUUUUUAACGCAAAAGCUGCUGACAAACUAUGCUUACGCUGUCUGUCCACGUGAGUAUGUUAUCUCACUUCGGUUUUUGUGCCACUGAAACUCCUCUUCUGUCUUUUGUAAAUCUCAACCUGAGACGAAAUAUGCAUUAUGCUACAGCUGUGGUUCCCAGUGAUGAAAUAUUACACUCGACAUUACAGUAAAAUAAAAAAAGUGCAUUAUUUUUUUCCGUCAGCCUUUAAAUUAAUGUUAUUUAUAUGCCAUAACCGCCCCCCCCUACACAGAUACAUGCGUUACAAAUAACAUAAUGUCUACAGUGGAGUGAUCAGUUACAAACUGACUGUGUGUACUUCCUUUAUUUACAGACCUGUAUUUAUGCAGUAAGUGUCUUUAAUAAAAUUUAGUCCAGCAAAACGAGCACUUCUAGAAGCUGUUUCAGUGCUAGAUAGACUGCAGACAUUUAAACAAAAAAUGUUCACGCUAGCGCUCAUCCGUUAAAACUACGGCUGUAUGUAUACAUACAUUGUUAUAUAUAUUUAUACUUGAAUCAGUAUGGAAAGACAGUUAUGUGCAGUUUUACUUUGUAUGUAUGUUGGAUUACUAGUUGUCCAGUGUAUGAGAUCUCUGCCAGCUUUUGUUUCUCUAAAACUGUU